UUUAGGGAUGUCGCUUCUCCGUUUCCUCCUCCCUCUUUCCUCCUCUCCCGAAGGACCUUACCUGGGCAACAUGGCGGACGAGGCGCGGGCUCCGUAUGAGAAUCAUCUUCAUCGUCUUUGGAUACUCUGGAAGAGGUAAUGCGCCACGGCCUACGCGGAACCAUCAACCGCUCACGAUGAACCCACGGCAGCGAGACGCCCUCUUCUGGAACCCCGACCCACCGCGGGGCAAAGUGAGCGACAAGUGCCUGUGGGCCGCUUGCAAGGCGAUGACCACGGGCCUCCUCCUCAUCGUCAUCGGAGCUUCGAUGGCGACCCUGGGCUUCUACUCUGACCACUUGGCGACCACCAGAGAGCGCCGCGGAAACACUACCGUGUUAGUCAAGAACGAAAACUUCGAAAAGCACCUGGACAGCCUCACGUACGUCGGGCCUCUCGUCAUGGGCAUCGGUGGCUUCAUCAUCGUGGCGACCUGCGUGAUGACCUUCGAGGCGAGAGACACGUCGUCGUCGUCCGCCAAGUUUGUCUCGGCCUGGUUCAAACGGAGCAGGUCGUACGUGGCGCCACGUCCGGAAAUCAGCUGCGGCGCUACCAGCGUCAGCGACGUCUCCUGGGAGCGCUUCUUGCCGGGUGUCCGACACGACUCGACGGUGACCGAGGUGGACCGUUCGAUGGUGACAAACGCGCUCAUCAACUUCAGCAAGAACCUACAGAACAGUUUCGACGGCCGCGUGGUGCCGCCGGGAUCGGCGUCGGCCGAAAAUUCUAGCAGCCCCCGAGAGAAGCUGCACAAGAGCCAAUCCGAUCCAAACAUUGGGCUCGGAUCGCCGACGUUCCGAACGACGUCGCCGCUGCAAAGGGAAGAGGGAAGUGCGGCAGAGCGGGAAUGUUUCUUGAGACCUCCGAACCCGCAGUUACUUCGUCCUAGACCGUUCAAUGUAUCGCCGCACGAUUAUCGCAAGGUGGUGUCCAUGGACUGCCCAUCUCCCCCGACGGUAGAACCGCUAGCCGAAUCGCUUCCUGCCCACAGCAUCUCUUCUCAGGGCUCCAUGGCUAUGGACGUGUACCUUCCAGAGGGCUCCGUGACCCUCAAGGUCAAGGAUAAGACAAAACGGUCAGACUCUAUCAGCCCGAAGGAACCGAGACGGGGUAGCCACGCUUCUACAGCGUCUUCUGGAAGGUUCUCUCAGGACGCACGGAGCUCCGUGGACAGCUGUUCUUCGACGGCGUCGCACAGCCACAGUUCCAGGGUGCCGACGAGUCCCAAGAGUAAAGAGGCGCAAACGUCGCCAAGGGACAGGUGGAAGACCCGACAGAGGGCGGCAUCGUCCGCGGCUGUCGUACUCCAUCAACACGGCAUCGGCGACGUGCACAGGACGCCAGCGUUAGCGACGGCGUCCAAGUCGACGACGAUGAAGAGACAUCCUUUCAUGAGACAAAAAGCCAUCGAGGCGUCCGCGUCGCCGGAAAAAGUACCGCAAGCUUGAAAGAGUUCCUCAUGAGGUGCUAUGAGGUGCUCUGAGGUGUGCAGGGUGAUGCUCCAAAUGUUCGUCUGUUUCCGAAAGUGUCAAAGACGUCAGCCGAGAACGUCCUUUUGUGAACAUGUCUUUCAAUUUCCCAUUCCUCCUAGUGAACUGAGGUGUCGUGAUAAUCAUGAAAAUGGAAUGCUGUCAGUGACACCUGAGCAUUAGCCAAACGCCCAAAAUAGAAUUUUGUCAUUGUUA